ACCACUGCCCCUUGCUCUGUGCCGGCAGAGAGACCAAGGGACAAGAGAAAGAACAGGGUGUGAAGACGGGCCUCGUAGGGCUCUGAGGGAAGCAUCCAAAGCCAGCUGGUCUGGCUUUGAGGUAAAUCAGUGGGUAGAGUGACACAAAGCAGCAGAAAGAAGACUUGUGGGCAGAACGGAAAGAAGAAAAAAGGAAAGUCAAUGCUUGCAGAAGGAAAGGUGGAGAUUGGAACAGCAGGUUCUGUGAAGGCGCAUGUAGAACAACAGAUCCUGGUGUGGUCUGCUGAAGAACAAAGAGUGUCUUGAGAAGUGUGAGAGCCAAUAUAAGAAGAGAGACUUUUCCACAAUGUGCUAGGAGAGAGGAGGAAGAACGAGUGUUGUUAUUCUGAUAUUGUUGAGGUGUCAGAGAACCAGGAAAGGAGACAGCCAUGGGGCGAAAGAAGAUACAGAUCACGAGGAUCAUGGACGAAAGGAACAGGCAGGUUACCUUCACAAAGAGGAAGUUUGGCUUGAUGAAAAAGGCCUAUGAGCUGAGCGUACUAUGUGACUGUGAGAUCGCCCUCAUCAUUUUCAACAGCUCUAACAAACUGUUCCAGUACGCCAGCACAGACAUGGACAAAGUGUUGCUGAAAUACACAGAGUACAACGAGCCCCACGAGAGCAGAACCAACUCUGACAUUGUAGAGAAAUUGAGAAACAAAGGCCAUAAUGACUGUGCUAGUCCUGAUCCUGAUGACUGUUUUGGGCACAGCCCCCUCAUGGAUGACCAUUUCGGCAAACUAAGCGAAGACAGUGAUUUAAUGUACAAGCGCUGCGGUGCGCUAAACAAGAAAGAACACAGAGGUUGUGAUAGCCCGGACCCCGAUGCCUCAUAUGUCCUCACUCCUCACACAGAAGAAAAGUAUAAAAAAAUUAAUGAGGAGUUUGAUAAUAUGAUGAGAAAUCAUAAAAUCCCCACAGCAUUGCCUCAGCAGAACUUCUCCAUGCAUGUGGCAGUGCCUGUAUCCAAUCCUAAUGCCAUGUACCAGGCAGGAGGGACUCUGGGCAGCCAGGGCCUGGCAGCCGCCACAGCUUCUCUGAGUGAGAGUGGGAUGCUGUCCCCUCCACAGGCCUCUCUGCACAGGAAUGUUGGCUCUGGUGGAGGAUCCCAGAGGCCCACCAGUGCAGGCAGUGCAGGAAAUGGUUUUGUUAACCCCAGGGGCUCUCCAGGCCUCCUCAGCACAGCCAGUGGCAAUGGCCUGGGUAAAGUCAUGCCCACCAAGUCUCCGCCACCCCCUGGAGGGAACAUGGGAAUGGGAAGCCGCAAGCCAGACCUGAGGGUUGUUAUCCCUCCAUCAAGCAAAGGGAUGAUGCCCCCGCUGUCUGAGGAGGAGGAAAUGGAUUUGAACACUCAGAGGAUAAGCAGUUCCCAGUCCACCCAGCCGCUGGCUACUCCAGUCGUGUCUGUCACCACCCCCAGCUUACCCCCACAGGGCCUGGUCUACUCAGGCAUGACCACCUCCUACAAUCCUGCUGAGUACUCCCUGAGCAGUGCAGAGAUCUCUUCCCUACAGGGCUUCAGCUCUCCUGGGCUCUCGCUGGGCUCCAUGUCGGCAUGGCAACAGCAUCAACUGGGCCAAGCAGCUCUUAAUUCUUUGGUUGGCGGAGGUCACCUACCUCAGGGUUCCAACCUAUCUAUCAGCACCAGCCAGAGCAUAAACAUCAAGUCUGAGCCUAUCUCACCGCCACGGGAGCGCGUCACCCCGUCUGGGUUCCCCUCACAGCAGCCGCAGCAAGGGUCCAGCCGACAGGAAGUUCUGGGACGUUCACCUGCCGACAGCCUCAGCUCGUCUUGUAGCUCAUAUGAUGGCAGUGAUCGCGAGGACCACCGGCCAGACUUCCACUCCCCGCUGGGGCUGGGCAGACCCCCUGCUGGCUCGGAGGACAGGGAGAGCCCAUCGGUCAAGCGCUUGCGCAUGGACACAUGGGUGACAUAAAGAGCUCUGAUCAAGCCUCCAGUCACCAGCCGGUCAGAGAGAGAGGGAGGGGUUAGACAUGGAGAUAAAAGAGAGAGAAAGAGGG